GCGUCGUAACGCCUCGGGAAAAAGGAAGCGGGUCGGAUCGCAAAUCGGUGCCUCUGGCCUUUAAUUUUUCUGCUGACAGACUUUGGUCACUGAUUCUUCAUCUUUUGUCCGUUGCACGCAUCUCGCCCUACCCACUUGCUUUCCCACUCCUUGGAUCCAGCCCUCUGGGCAUUCACGCCAGUUCUGUGACCCCGCCGUAAGCCCCUCCUGGUCCCCGGGCGGGUCUGGCACGGAGGCGGUAACUAUGGAGAAUAUGGCGGAGGAGGAGCUGCUACCCCUGGAGAAAGAGGAGGAGGUGGCCCAGGCCCAGGCCCCGAUCUCGGCCCCGGAUUCGGCUCGGGUCCCAGCUCCGGCCCCGGACUCGGCUCCGACUCCAGAUUCGGCUCCGACUCCGGCCUCGGCUCCAGCCCCAGCCCCUGCCCUGGCUCAGGCUCCGGCCCUGUCCCCGUCCCUAGCCUCUGCCCCUGACGAGGCUGAAAGCACUGGUCUAAUUAGUCCUUUGAAAUCAGUCAUAAGUAAGCAAGAUGAAGAUGGCAUAUCUGAAAUAGAAUUGAAAAUUGAGGACAAAGUGACAAAAGUUGUAAACGAACCUCCUAAAAUGCUGGACUCAUCUGAUUUAAUAAAAGAGAGACACAUCUCAAUUCAAAGGCAGCUUGCUGAUCUAGAGAAGUUAGCUUUUGAAUCUGAAGAUUUUGCCUCUGCUAGUUCAUUGAACUCAGAUAAACUUGAUGCAGGAAACAAACAAGCUUGUCCAUUGUGCCCUAAGGAAAAAUUCAGAGCUUGUAAUAGCCACAAGCUCCGUAGGCACCUUCAAAAUUUACACUGGAAAGUCUCAGUUGAAUUCGAAGGCUAUAGAAUGUGCAUCUGUCACUUAGCUUGUCGACCGGUGAAACCAAAUAUUAUUGGAGAACAGAUAUCCAGUAAAAUGGGUGCCCAUUAUCAUUGUAUCAUUUGUUCAGCAACAAUCACCAGAAGGACUGAUAUGCUAGGACAUGUUAGGCGCCAUAUGAAUAAAGGGGAGACUAAAUCCAGGUAUAUUGCUGCUUCUGCUGCUAAACCACCUAAUGAAAUUUUGAAAGAGGCAGACACAGAUGUACAAGUUGGUCCUAACUAUUCCAUACCUCAGAAAACAGAUUCCUAUUUUAACCCCAAAAUGAAACUAAAUCGGCAGCUAAUAUUCUGUACUUUGGCUGCUCUGGCUGAGGAACGAAAACCUUUGGAGUGCCUAGAUGCCUUUGGAGCCACUGGGAUAAUGGGAUUACAAUGGGCAAAACAUCUUGGAAAUGCAGUGAAGGUUACAAUUAAUGACUUGAAUGAAAACUCUGUGACCUUGAUUCAGGAAAACUGCCAUUUAAACAAGUUAAAAGUGGUAGUGGACAGUGAGGAGAAAGAAGAGAGGGAUGAAAUUCUUGAAGAAGGAGAGGAAAAGCUUGGUAACAUUCAGGUGACCAAAAUGGAUGCCAAUGUAUUGAUGCACUUGAGAUCUUUCGAUUUCAUACACCUAGACCCUUUUGGAACAUCGGUGAACUACCUUGAUUCUGCAUUCAGAAAUAUAAGAAACCUCGGCAUAGUAUCAGUGACUUCUACAGACAUCAGUUCAUUAUAUGCCAAAGCACAGCAUGUUGCCCGGCGUCACUACGGCUGCAACAUUGUCCGAACUGAAUAUUACAAGGAACUAGCAGCCAGAAUCGUUGUGGCUGCACUGGCAAGAGCUGCAGCUCGAUGUAACAAAGGCAUAGAAGUACUGUUUGCAGUGGCUCUGGAACAUUUUGUCUUGGUUGUUGUGAGAGUUUUGAGGGGGCCUACUUCUGCAGAUGAAACAGCCAAAAAGAUUCAAUAUCUUAUCCAUUGCCAGUGGUGUGAAGAGAGAAUUUUUCAGAAGGAUGGUAAUAUGGUAGAAGAAAACCCAUACAGACAGCUGCCCUGUAACUGUCACGGGAGCAUGCCUGGAAAGACAGCGAUAGAACUUGGGCCUCUAUGGUCAAGUUCCCUCUUCAAUACUGGAUUUCUAAAAAGAAUGCUCUUUGAAUCUCUUCACCAUGGUUUAGAUGACAUUCAGCCCCUAAUCAAGACAUUAAUCUUUGAGUCAGAGUGUACUCCUCAAAGUCAGUUUUCAGUUCAUUCACCUUCAAAUCUCAACAAGCAAGAAGAAUGUGGUGUAUUUAUUAAAACUACAGAUGAUACCACAACAGAUAAUUACAUUGCACAAGGAAAAAGAAAAGGUAGUGAAACAAUCACUAAUUUAUCCAAGAAGCAAAAGACUGAUGUCAGUACUGAACAUCCUCCCUUUUAUUACAACAUCCACAGACACAGCAUUAAAGGGAUGAAUAUGCCGAAGUUAAAAAAGUUUCUGUGCUAUCUUUCUCAAGCAGGCUUUCGAGUAAGCCGAACUCAUUUUGACCCCAUGGGUGUUCGUACAGAUGCACCUUUAAUGCAGUUUAAGUCUAUCCUCUUGAAGUACAGCACCCCCACCUACACCGGAGGACAGUCAGAGGGCCAUGUCCAGUCAGCAUCAGAGGAUACAGUCGCUGACAGGGUGGAACCGGCAGUGAAUGACAAAGCAGAAGCCAGCAGCUGCAGAAGAUGGUAAACGUAGAGAAGAGUUUCUUCCCAGAUGUCUGUAUGGCUGGCCUAAGAGUUCUCUACACCAACUGUAGUUCUUUUUUUAUUCUUUCAAGUCAGUGGUGUAAAACUAAAAUAAAAACGUGUUUUCAUUCAGAAAAUUAGCAGUUUCUCACUUAACUGGUUUGGGAGCUAUUUUUUGCCAAGUUUUUCUUAUUUUAAAGAAAACUUAAAAUUGUAAUGAAAACAUUUCA